GGACCCGGGCACGAAGCUGCCCGUGGAGACUCGGAGACUCCGACACCAUCGCCGCUGGGGAAAGGUCCAGCGCCAACUUCGACUACCGUCGACUUCGCUAGCUUCCGCUAUCGCCAGGCUCAGGUGCCGUCCCACCAGCAAAACAGUAUUGGCUGAGGGUGCUGAAGGAAGGGGAGGGUGACGGAUUAUAAAGCGCAUCAUUCAUAUUCGAAGUGCAGCGGUCGUCGCGUCUCGUCUCAUCAGAGAAGAACGAUUUGUUGCGGACACGGAAUUGCUCGCCUCGACGUCAGCUAGUCCUGCAGUUGGAAGGGACGAACGAUCAGAUCAGUGUUCGAAGAUGUGUUACCCUGUGAAGUGCGCCACUUGCAGCCUAACCACAUGGGCUGGCUGCGGCAAGCACGUUCCUUCAGUUUAUGAGAACAUUCCCAAGGGUCAGGCCUGUAUGUGCAAGGGAUGGCCCGGAGUUAACCUUCCGAAGCAGGAAAUCUGCACAGAUGCCCCAAAGGCUGCGCCCAUCACCACCACCAAUGAAACGGGCUCUGUUACCAAAUGACUAUAUGGCCUGAAAGGUCUCUGGAGAUGGUAGUCUUCAGCAAUCUGUACAAAUCAACAUACAAUGGGUGGCACAGUCGUGGACGUGUCCCUUCGGAGCUCGAGGCGAGGAAAGACUUCCUUCCGCAAAGGCCGCAUCAACGCUCGUCUGGAUUACACCUACGAUGAGAGGACACUAUUGAAUGUUUUGCUAGUUAGAACAUGUCGGUGAAAGAUGCCUAUCUCAUGCACUACUCGCGUGUGUCUCGCUUUCUUCGUGAAAUAGUCGGGGACAGAUUCAUUUUCAUGCACUUCCCACUGUCUUUCUGGAGGGUAAGCUAUUAGAACAAGUAAUGAUGAUACAUGUUAUCGUCGUAGCUUGAGAUUAAUAAAUUUUCCUCUCAAAUGCUUGCCACUUGUGAACAUUUGAUAAAUUUCCAGUCGAAAUUAUGCUAAUAGGUAAGUAAAGAGAAUUAUUGAGAAU